UGUCACUAAAACGGUGGUAUUUGACAGAGAAUGCCAGAACUUUCGUAUUUUAAGGUUACUUUAAUUUAGUUAUAAUAAUGUACUGCUGUGUAAACAAUAAGCCCCUAAGGAAAUCAACGCUUCAUUACUUGUAGAUAGGUAUUAAAAACUUGACCAAAAAACUCUUAAGAUGGAACUGCUGAAAGAUUUGGAGUCAAAUGACAAAGAAUCAGUUGACAACGCCAAACAACGGCUUAGAGAGCAGUUUAAAAAUGUGAGCGAUCCAUGGCUCCUCAACGGGAUUUAUGACUACUACCUUAAGACAAACAGUGUACGAAGCAUGGAUGUGCUAGUAAAUAUUAAGGAACCACAUCAUCAGUUUUUGUUUGAAAGGUUGUGUGAAUCACUAAGAUCAUCUGAGUUAAAAACUCAGGCUUUAAUAUUGUUGGGACAUGUUGCUAGAACACAACCAACUUGGCUCUAUACACUGCCUGACCAUAAUUUGUUCAAAGAUGUUUUAAAGUUGUUAAAGUGUGAACAUGAUUUGUUACCAUUAAUAAGUGCCCUUCUACUUGUAAUAGUUUUGUUGCCAGUGUUACCAUCGAAAAUGGCGAAUUAUUUACAGGAUUUAUUUGAAGUUUUUAGUCGGUUAGCAUCCUGGAACUGCAGUCCAGGAAAAUUUGAAGAGGACCAGAUGAUCCACAUGCAAGUUGCUUUGUUUGCCUUAUUUUUAAGACUGUAUGGGAUGUACCCCUGUAAUUUUUUGAAUUAUUUAAGGAAUCAGUAUAAGGAGAAGAAUAAUCCUGUGUUUGUUCAUACGAUUAAGCCAAUGUUGGCUAAUGUUAAGAUGAACCCUUCUUUGGUAACUGCCUCAAGAGAUAAUGAAACCACUACAGAAAGAUGGAAAAAGAUGGGAGUCCAUGACGUGAUAGUCGAAUGCGAACGAUUUUCUCUGGACAUGACCGACAGAUGUCCCCAUGACAACUGUCAACUAACGAUGGGCUUUCGCUCCAGAUCUGGCACAUCAAAUUCCACAAUCGAAUCAUAUCAAUUACAAAGCCUCAAAAGUCUGACGGUGAAAACGCCUUCGUCGGAUGGAAACAACUUCUUCACUCCCAGCAAGUUGUUCCACAUGGAAACGCCGGAAAUGGUGACGGCCCCCUCCGCCAUUCCGCAGCACCACGCGAUCAGCGCCUCCUUUCCCUCUCAGGAAGGCACCUCGCCACCCGAGGCUGCCAUCGAGGCUACCCCAGAAACCACACCGAUAAGAGAUUUUCUUCACGUUUCGAGAAACCCGCCGCUGAACUCCAAAGCUGUUCGAGCCCUUACCACUUUUAAGGCUAUUUCUGGUUCUUUACACACGACGCCGACGCACUCUCAACCGUCGUCGCCCAUGCGAAAGGAUGUUGGCGCGUUUCAUUUUCCGGAUGGUCGUACCACUGGUUUUAGUACGUACAAAAAGGAUUCGUAUGCGAUUCAAAAGCUUGGCAAGCUUACCCUGGACAGGAUGCAGUGCUUGGACUCGCACCAAGAGCAACGCUACAACCUUCCAGUGCCAUCCAGCCCGCGCCAGAUCAUCAACUCGGCGGUGGCUCAGCUCGAGCUGAAACACCACCAGCGCAUCGAGUCCCCCGUCAGCCAGGAAGACGAGGAAGUCCUUUCGAUAGUGAGCGGUCGAGAACCGUUCAAGCAAGUGGCCCGACAAUGCGACAGCGUGUUGCCCGAAUUCGACGACUCUUCGGAUACACUAAUAGACGACCAAGAGCACGGCUCGCCGUGCGCAGCCGGAGGUUUGCACAUACCAAAUUCCAAAUCGAUGAUAGUUUUCGCGAACCAAAUCAAGCGGCUUCGUCAUCACAGUCAGUGUAGUAAUAUGGAAGCCGACCGAAAUGAAUCUACCACAGGCAGUAGUCCUGGAAAUGGAACUGCAUUUCCUGACAACGCAACCGUCCGGCGGACCAACUCGUGUCCGGACAUGAAAAAAUCCCCGGCCGCCCCGCAAGCAAAGGAAAGCCUGGACAACACCCUAGUGGAAACCGACGAAGAUGGCGCCACCGUCUCCGACUGCCCCUCGGCGCAGAAAAACUCUCAAAACGGAGUCUCGGUUGCGCCUAGAAUCAGCACGGGAGUGUCGUGCACGACGCAGACUGAGAGCUUCUGGCCCUAUCAGUUUCUGUUCUUGGGGAUUUUCCCUUCGUUGGAGGCUGGGGAGGUGAAACCCAGCCCCGCUCCGAGCCCCGCGCCUUUCUCUUACCUGCAGGAUCGCUACUCGCCUUCCAUAUACGAUAUUCUCGAUAAGUACGUGGAAAACGCCGUACUGGGAACGGAAAAAGAAUCGAUUUAUUACCUGAAAGAGCAGCUUCAAUUGGUGCGGCUGCAGCUGUUGUUUGAAAGACACAGGAGGGAGACUCACGCCUAUAGAAAUCGCAGGUUGCUAUCCGAUGCUAAGAGCACUAGAUUAUUGGAAGAGUGCAAUUCGGCUUUGAGAGAUCAGGUUCAGUUACAACAGACGGAAAUCGACAACCUUAGAGUACAACUGACGAAGUGCAGGGCCGAAUAUCAAGAGGAAAACAAAAAGAUGGUGGAAAAGUUGAAUGUAAUUGAAAACCAGUGUAAACAGGCCCAAGUAGAGUGCAAAAGUCUAAAGGAAACCAACGUGUCGUAUAAAACCGAAUUAGGGGCAGUUAAAACUCGUUGUAAUGAGUUGGAUGUUCAAAGGCAGCAAGCAGAGGCGUCGUAUUUCGAUGCCCUGGCCGACCGAAACGUUGCAAGAGAGCAAGCCAAAGCUGGCGAAAGAGGCAGAACUGAACUGGAGCAAGUCAACAAGGAGCUUCUUUUGAUGGGAGAGUUGCAUCUUAAAUUCCAAGAAAAACUGAACAAGCUCUCCUCCAUGCAGGAUUACGAGCAACGGUCGAGACAGAUGAACGAGGCAUACAGCCAGGAAAUCAAAGAUGUGAAAGCAAAACUUAACUCGACUGUGGCCUCUCUACAAGCUCACCAGGCGAGGUUGGUGGACUUGGAAAAAGUGCUUGGUAAGAAAGAAAACAUGGUCGAAGCCCAAAAGCAACAGUUGGCCAGCUUGGCUGAGGAGAAUAUACAAAAAAUUCAGGCCGUCGAAAGCAAGUACCAGUGCCAGCUGCGCAUCAACCGGGCGCUGGAGGAGAAGCUGCUCGAGUCGCGGCAACGUCGCAACCCGAACUCGCCCGACACGAGCAGCUGCCACGAGGUGAACGCAACGACGACGGAUCGGACGACCGGCGGCCUGAGCGCGCAUUCGUCGCCCCUCUCCGCCUCUUUGGCCUCCUCGGAGGGCAGCGUUGCCUUUCACGAGGCCAGGGAGGUCAAGAAUCUGCAGGCUCUUGUGGACCAAAAAGAGGCUUCGACAUCGAAAUCUUCAAAGACAGCGGAGAAUUCGCCAGUGGAAGGGGAGAACCCCUCAGACGGACACCAACUGCUAUCGACUUCCUCUCAGAAAAACGACUGAUUUUUUCAUGAAUAACUUACGUAUUUUUUUAGGAGUAAAGUUGAACUGUAUGUACAUACACGUAUGGCAUUACUAUUACUACUACUGUCUCUAUCUAUCUAUCCCCCCUUCCUCUAUUCCUACCCCACCCCCUUGAAGACACACUGCUUCGAAAAAUAUGUAGCUAUUUGAGAUUUUAUACAAAUGAAAAGGAUAAAAAUGUUACCCAGAUAAAAAUUAUUGGACUGGUAUUCCCUGUAUUCUUGCAACGAAAUUUAUCAUUCAUUUCGAUUUAAUACUCAUUUACUUUUUUCAAUAUUUUGUACUAGUCCAAUGGAAAUCUUGUUUCUUUUUUAAUUUUUAAUAAGAAUUACCGAAUGUUAUGGUGUUGAACAAAAGACACCAACAAAAUUUGUGAUGGUUUUUUCAUAACGAUAAACCGUUAUGGCUAUUAUUGUUAUAUUAAAUUAAUUUUGAAAAUUAUUUUUAUUAAAUGUGUUAAAU